AUGGCCUGGCUGCCAGGUGAGUGGGCCUAUGGCCUGGCUGCCAGGUGGGUGGGCCUAUGGCCUGGCUGCCAGAGUGAAGAUGUGUAUGGGUCGUAUGAUGCCGUACCUCAGGAGCAGUUUGCUGAGGUUCUACUGCGGACUGGGAAGCUGGCUGAGACCAAGACAGAGGGACAGACCCUGUUCCCUGCCACAGAGGUACUGCUGCAGCUGGCCAGUGAUGCCUUUCCCAGAGACAUGACCCUGUCUCUGGCCUAUCUCCUGGCCCUACCGCAGGUCCUGGAUGCUAACAGGUGUUUUGAGACGCAGUCCCACUCGGCCCUGUCCCUGCAGCUAGCAGCCUACUACUAUAGUCUACAGAUCUACAACCACCUGGUCCCAUGCCUCAAGGCCAACACACACACUCUCUACAGGGCCGACCCCAAGGAGCUGAUCCGAUUGGUCACCCAGCACGUGACGGCCCAUUCUGAUUGGCCAGCGGACGUGGAGGAGUUGAUUGGCCAGCUCCAGGUGUAUAACGAGCGUCUGACAGACCUGACGCAGGCCCAGGUGUUGCAGGGGCUGGGACGUGGGGUCGACACAAGACGAUUCAGUUCCGACGCACACUACAAGAAACAGACCAUUCUGGGUCUGACUGAGACCCUGGAUGACAGCGUGUGGAGGAUCAGUCUGUCUCUAGCCCAGCGCUACAGCAUUCCCCUCUGGGACAUCUAUAUGACUCACCUGGAGUUCCUCUUCACUGACAGCGGUCUCUCUACCAAGGACAUUGAGGGUCGUGUGGACACCUUGGCUCUAUUUGACUGUCUGAAGUCAGAACCUGAGUCUUUCCACAGUCACAUGUCUAAAUAUGUGUUGACCUCCGUGGAAGGGACAGACCUGCCCAGGCUGUUGUAUUACUAUACCCUGUUGGAGGAGUGUUGUGGAUCGUACUGCUCUUCUGUCAUCACCCCUGACACUCACAUCAAACUGCUCAAGAAGCUCCGCUCCGUCACUACCGGGCUGGACUACCGUAAGAUGACCGAUGAGGUGUCGGAUCCCCUGGCCGCUCUGGAACCCGUUCUAACCAGUCAGAAUGUCCUGUCCAUCUCCAAACUGGCCAAUCGGCUCCCUCGCCCAGGAGGGGUGUGGUUUCUGCUAGCGCAGUGCACGCAACCUGGCUAA